UCUAAAAAAAAAAUUCCCUUCUCGGAGAGAAUCAGCGGUAGCGGAAAUGGCCGACCGCUACUUCCCCAACGAGAUGCCGGAGUCGCCGGACGCCUCCUCCUCCCUCUCCGGCCUCCUCCGCCUCCCCUACCCAAAAGCAGCGGAGAGAUUCCUGCAAGCCGCCCUCAACCUCAAGCGAAAGGCGGUGAAGGAAACGCGGAGGUCCAAGGACUGGACCCUUUACACGGGUUCGCUCGGCACGGCGUUUCUGCUCCUAAAGUCUUACCUUGUCACUAAGGACGCUGCAGAUCUCAGCCUUUGUGCAGAGAUCGUUGGCUCCUGCGAAGCUUCUUCCCGUGGAUCCUCGCAGGUGACUUUCAUAUGCGGACGAGCUGGUGUAUGCGCUCUUGGUGCGGUGGUUGCAAAGUACAUGGGUGAUAAGGAGAUGCUCAACUACUAUGUGAGCUCAUUUAAAGAGGUUAGGUUACCAUCUGAAGUUCCAAAUGAGCUUUUGUAUGGAAGAGUUGGGUACUUGUGGGCAUGUUCAUUCUUAAACCAUCACAUUGGCGACAGGACAAUCCCUUCCACCACAAUGAAUUCUAUAACAAAAGAAAUUUUCACAAAGGGGAAAAGUUUAUCCCACAAAAGAAAUUGCCCCUUGAUGUACGAAUGGCACGGGAAGAUGUACUGGGGUGCGGCUCACGGACUUGCAGGGAUCAUGCAUGUAGUCAUGGACAUGCAACUGAAUUCAGAAGAGCAAGAGUUAGUAAAGGGCACUCUAAUAUACAUGAUCAACAACCGGUUUCCUAGUGGCAAUUACCCGUCAAGUGAAGGAUCGGAGUCUGAUCGGCUUGUUCACUGGUGCCAUGGUGCACCUGGCGUCGCCCUCACCCUCACCAAAGCUGCUAAGAUCUUCGACGAUCAAAAUUUCUUGCAAGCAGCAGAGGAUGCUGCACAAGUGGUAUGGAACCGAGGCCUACUGAAGAGAGUCGGGAUUUGUCACGGUGUCAGCGGCAACGCCUACGUGUUCCUCUCGCUCUACAGACUAACGGGCAAAGAAGAGUAUCUCUAUCGAGCUAAAGCAUUUGCCUCGUUCUUACUCGACAAAGCUGAUCAGUUGAUCGCCGAGGGGAAAAUGCACGGCGGUGAUCGCCCGUGGUCACUUUUUGAAGGGCAGGGUGGAAUGGCUCAUCUCUUUUUCGAUAUGGUGCAGCCCUCUGAGUCUAGGUUUCCAGCCUAUGAACUCUAGAGUUCUUAUGGUUUGACUUAGUUUGACUCGUGCAUGUUUAGUUUGAGUUGUACUGUUAGUUGAGUCUGUGUUGUAUAAAUGUGGUUGUAUUAUGUAGUGGGAGUGUUUGAGUACACCGAACUGUGUUUGUGGAGUUUUGAGUUGUAUAAAUGUGGUUGUAUUAUAUACAGGGAUAUCUUGGGUCAGGGGACUUA